AGGAUGGACAACAUAAAACAAGACAUUUUGCCAAAGGCGCAUUCUCCCUACAGUCAAAAAGACUUUAUUACCGUUAAGCUUUGUCUUGUGUCUUUGUUGAUGGGUUUCAGAAGGCUCACACGUUUUAAAUUGACCUGACACCUUAAAGCCACACCGGCUUAAAGCGAAAUUGUAUAAUAAAUUGUAUUAUUUGCUUAUAUUUUCCCACUUACAUCACUUUUAUCGUUCAGGGGCUUGGCAGGUUAUACAUAUAGCACGUCCUACUGUCCUGUAUAGCUAAGCGUUGUGCUAACAUUUGAUUUGCAUUGCAUUUGUUGGAAAGUGGAAGUCAGUGCUUCAGGCCUUUGUGUACUUGUGCAAUGGAAAUAAUGCUUCCAAAGCUUUUCUAAAGAACACAUGCACGAAUUACACAAUUCAAAGACAGAUGUUUUAAAACUUCUGAAUCGUGUUGCACCUCGUCACUUCAAGGUAGCGCAUAAGAAGAGGUGAGGCACUGAUUGCUGUGCUGUCUUCUUUCUCUGCCUCAGCUCCAAGAUGGAUAUCGUUACGUAGCCCCAGAGUGGGAGGGACUGCCCAUCUUCCAGCUUUUCCAUUGGUUUCACAGUCUGCUCGGCGGAGAGGGGGUGCCUCUAAUCAUAUCCAGCAUGUUUUGCACAAGAAAUGUCAGCCAGAAAGGGCUACCUUCUCUCUUCGCCAAAAUACACCACAAUAAUGUCAUGUUCGGACAGCCCGUCAGGAAAUGCGUUUCUAGUGGAUUCUCUGAUCAGUGGCCGCAACGAGAGCGGCGGAGGUCACUACACCGGGAGCGCAUUGUGCGUGCCUCACAGCACUGCCACAGAAGUGCCUUACGGACUACACAACUAUGGAUACUUCCCAGGUAUGGGUAAGCGGAGCGAGGUGGGUCCACAAAACGUGGUUUCCGCCUCGGGCGCUUACAUGUCCACCAUGGAAAUGUGGAUGGACGCACAGAGGUCAUGUCGGAUGGACCAAGAUCACCCGGUAGGUCCUCAGGUCGCGCCCUGCUCGUUCCCGCAAAAUAUAAAGGAAGAGAGCACCUACUGCCUGUACGAGCAGGCGAAGUGUCCUAAAGCCUCCACCGCAGAAGAUCUCACAUAUUCAAGGUUAACUGGAGCCGGCCAAGGGUCGAGUUCUUGUACAGUUACCGAUGGCGGCGGGGGCUCAGUGCCUGUGCCGGGCUACUUCCGCUUGUCUCAGACGCACGCACAUUCUCAUAAACUUUACAACUCCAGCGGCCCCCAGUCGAACCCUUCCCAUUCCCAUUUUGGCCUACACCCCACUGCUCCAGCUCGCUUCCACACACCUCCAACCUCGACUUCUGCUCCAGCCACGGCACAGGAGGGGAGGAACACCGAGGGGCCCGUGUCCUCGGGAAACGCAGACCUGCAGCCUCACGCUGCGACUGGGACCGAGGAGGCACGCGACUCCUCGGAUGGAGACGCCUCGUCAGCUGAAGAAACAGAGGAGAACGACAAAGAGAGAGCAGUACAGUCUAAUAAAGGAGACACAAAAAGUGAAAGCACGGCCAACUGGCUGACAGCAAAAAGCGGCCGUAAGAAACGUUGUCCAUACACCAAGCACCAGACACUAGAGCUGGAGAAGGAAUUCCUCUUCAACAUGUACCUGACCCGAGAGCGCCGCCUAGAGAUCAGUAAAAGCGUCCACCUGACGGACAGACAGGUCAAAAUCUGGUUCCAGAACCGCAGGAUGAAGCUGAAGAAAAUGACGAGGGAAAACAGGAUCCGGGAACUCACCUCCAACUAUGGAUUUUCGUGAUGAACGAGAGAAUCACGAUGACACAGGAGAAGUAAAAUAAAAUGUAAAAACAAGAUAUAUAGGUGAAAUAAAUUACAUUCGCCACCCCACACCUCCUUGUCCACACAAAGACUCGUUUCACCGUGGGGUGCAGCGUCCUUUAAUUUCCAAACACGCUUAAUGUCAAUGAAACGUCCUCUGUGAGCUACUGAGAAAAAGGAAAAAAGGAUCAUCUGAAUGUUUUUGACUCUGUUUUUA